GUGACAAUAUCCCCCUCCCUGUAGCCACCAUGCCUUCCGACGACGUCCUUCGUCGCAGCCAUCGUUCUCUCAAUUCAAUCGUUGCUGUCCAUCACCCGAACUCCAGUCUCGUCGGGUUUGGCUUCCUCCUCCUUUCUCUCUCUACUCUGCAAAAGGAGCCGAGCCGAGAUCGAAGGGAGCUCGAUCUCGUCGUCGGAAGCUUCUUGCAGGUCGUGGCUUCAUUGCGGAGUCGAGGAUGGUGAACGUCUUUGGUUCGACGGUGAAGACGGAGCAGAAGUGGUCGGAGUAGCAGUGAGGAGAGAAAGUGCGGAGCGGAUGGGGGCAAAAAUCAAAAGAUCAGAAAAUAUUGGUUUCUUUCUAAAUUAUGGGUGGAAUACUUUUUCGCUGGAAGCUCUAUCCACUGCAUUUUCUUUGGGUGGAAACGACAGGCUCUCUACCACUGUCUCUCCCAAGUCUUUGCUCCUUUCUUGGUGGACUCCAACGAAGUCCGAUACGUCUCGCCUCUCUUUCUGGGUCUUCUUCUCGUGUUCAUUUUCAGCUUCACUCCACCAUUGAUAAACCCAGAAGAGCUUUCGGACGAAAAGGGGAGACAGAGAACGAGAGAGAUGGAUAUUGAGGGGACGCCGGUGGCUAAUGGAUACUUCAUGCCGGCGGAGUGGGAGCCUCAUUCACAGACAUGGAUGGGCUGGCCUGAAAGGCCGGAUAAUUGGCGGGACUAUGCUGUACAUGCUCAGCGCGCCUUUGCAAAGGUAGCUGCUGCAAUUUCGAUGUUCGAGCCAGUCACAGUCUGUGCAAGUGCUUCACAGUGGGAAAACGCACGCAAACUGUUGCCGGAGAAUGUCAGAGUCAUUGAGAUGAGUAUGAACGACUCGUGGUUCCGUGACACUGGGCCCACUUUUGUUGUAAGUCAUUGCAGACAAAAGCUUGCGGGAAUUGAUUGGAACUUUAAUAGUUAUGGAGGUCUUGAAGGGGGCUGUUACCAAGAUUGGAGCCUCGACCUCCUCCUCGCAAGGAAAAUUCUUCAAGUUGAGAAGCUUCCAAGGUUUCCUCAAAAUUUAAUUCUUGAAGGAGGGAGCAUCCACGUAGACGGAGAAGGGACAUGUCUUACCACCGAGGAAUGCCUCUUGAACAAAAAUAGAAACCCUGAUUUGACAAGAGAACAAAUCGAGGACGAACUUUGUUCUUAUCUUGGUGUCAGAAAGAUAAUUUGGUUGCCUCGAGGAUCAUAUGGCGAUGAAGACACCAAUGGUCACAUUGACAACAUGUGUUGCUUUGUGAAGCCCGGUGUGGUUUUACUGGCAUGGACUGAUGAUAAAUUGGACCCUCAAUAUGAAAGAUCCAUGGAAGCCUAUAACAUUCUUUCAGAUACAACUGAUGCCAAUGGUCGAAAAUUUGAAAUCAUUAAGCUUCAUGUACCGGGCCCACUUUACAUGACCAAUGAAGAGGCUGCUGGACUAGUGGAGGGCGAUUCUGUGCCAAGAGUUGCGGGCACUAGACUGGCAGCGUCUUACAUCAACUUCUACAUUGCAAAUGGAGCAAUUAUAGUCCCGCAAUUCGGGGAUAAAAAAUGGGACGACGAAGCUGCCCGCGUCCUGUCCGGUGCAUUUUCUGAUCAUCAAGUGGUGAGAAUCGAGGGUGCGAGGGAGAUUUUAUUAGGAGGUGGAAACAUUCACUGCAUCACACAGCAACAACCGGCCAUCCCGAGAAGUAAAAGCGCAUGAUGUGAUCGAAUGCUGAUUUUAUCUAGUUACCUGAGAGUAAGCCUAUCAUGAGGCGAAAUCUCUCCUUUUCUAUCGAACUUGUCUCUGAGGAUUUGCUGUUCUCGUACAAAAGAAGGGUUGCUUCUCGAUUUGUUGAGGAAUUGUUGCUAUGUUACGUUAAAUAUAACUUCUAAGCUUUAUGACCGCAGUACAUUGUUGCGGAUUUAUUUACUUGUCAACAUGAUGUCGUGGGACGCAUGAACCCUUAUUAUUAGGGCCAAUUACAUUAUGUAUCCUAACGUUUACGCUUUUUCUCAA